GUCAAAUCGUAUGGACAUAACAAAAUCGUACAAUUGAAUACUUUGUAAAUAAAAAUAAUAUUAAAACAAAAUGAUAAACAAGUGGAAAUUUCUAACCAUAAUAGCGUUAACGUAUUGUUCAGCACCCCAAUAUUCUGAGGCAGCAAAUAUCUUGGCAUUUUUACCCUCAUGCAGUCCUUCACAUUUAAUCAUUGAAAUGGCCGUGGUCAAGGCAAUGGCCGAACGUCAGCAUAAUGUCACUGUAGUUUCAGUGUUGCCUUUGAAAGAGGAUUGGUUACAUUCCUCCAUGACUCAUAUACAGUUGGAUAAGGGUUCAAUUGACAUGGACAUUGCCAUUAAUAUAACAAAAAUGAAAGGUUUCGAGAAAUUUCGCAAAUCCAUGGAUAUGAUGAAAAUGAUGUCAAGCCAGAUGGCGGUAAUAUUCGAGGAUCCCAAAUUUCAAGAGCUGCUACAUAAUCCGGGAAAUAAAUUUGAUUUGAUGCUGUUUGGUUAUAUGUUUGGUGAUUUCUUUUUUGGCAUAGCUGAGCACUUUGAUUGUCCACUGGCUUUAAUAUGGCCAAAUAUACCCAUUGCUGGCAUAUUAAAUAUGAUCGGUAAUCCAUUGGAAAUGUCGUAUACGGUGUUGACCCUAAUCAAUGCUGUGAGCGAUAGUACGGGUUUCAUGUUUCGGCUAAAGAAUGUGGCGGCUGUUGCUGGUGAAUUGUUACUGCUGAAAGUUCAAAGUAGAGGUCAGCGUCAAGUUUAUGAUAAACAUUUUCCGGCCGAUAAAUAUAUCAGUUACGAUAAAGUCAAAGAAAGAGUAGACAUGGUUUUGUUUAGUCAUCAUUUCAGCGAGAAACCCGUAAGACCUUUAGUGCCAGCACUCAUUGAAAUUGGGGGCAUACAUAUAAAUGAUCAACGUAAUGCUUUGCCAAAGGACCUAGAAAACUUCAUAAAUUCCGCCCAAUAUGGAGUGAUCUUUUUCAGCAUGGGCACCAAUGUGAAGACGCAUCAUAUGCAUGUUAAUACCUUACAAAAAAUCUACAAUGUUUUCUCAAAAUUACCACAAAAAGUUUUAUGGAAAGUGGAUGAUGAGACCAAGUUGCCUGGAAAUUCCACAAAUAUUCUAUAUCGCAAAUGGUUGCCACAAAGUGAUAUCUUGGGCCAUGCUAAUGUUAAAUUAUUCUUUGGUCAUGGCGGUAAGGGUGGCAUAACUGAAGCGAAAUUCUAUGGUGUACCCAUGGUGGGAUUGCCCAUAUUUGGUGAUCAACCCAUGAAUAUGGUAGAAGUUGUUAAAAAAGGUUAUGGUCUAAGUAUCGAUAAUGAAAAACCACUAACCGAAGAAAUUAUCUACGAAACUGUUACAGAAGUUUUACAAAAUCCAAAGUAUGCUAAUACUGUAAAACGAUUUUCAUUGUUAUAUCGUGAUCGACCUUUAAAAGCUAAAGAUACUGCUGUUUAUUGGUUGGAAUAUUUGAUCAGAUAUAAGGGUGCGCCUCAUAUGCAAAGCUCUCUGAAAUCUAUGUCAUUUGUGGAGGCUACAAAUUUAGAUGUAAUUGCAUUUAUUUUUGCAGUAUUAUAUGUAGUUUUUAAAUUAAUUAAGUUAUUGUCAAAACUGGUUAUUAGAUUAAUGGCUGGAAUGUUGGGGAAGAAGUUGAAACGAGAUUAAGGUCCUCAUUUUAUAAAACAAAACGUUUGAAACUUGAAUAUUUUCCAUAGAAUUUUAUUUUAACGUUUGUCAUUUCAUUUUAUAAAAUUAUACCCUAAGAUUGUAAGUUAAGUGAAGUGUCCGUUUUAUUUAAAAAAAAACUUUAUUUAGUAUAUAAUUGUAAUGAUAAAAAAUAAAUAAUAUUAAAAAAGAUCGAAAAA